GCUCCCUCCUCCUCUCCGCCUCAGAUCGUAGCUUAGCAGCAGCAGCUAGCCGCCAGUCUGCCUUUUACAUCCACUAGACUGACACAGGGCGACGACGUGAUGGAAAUUGACUCACUUCAAGAGGCGCUCAGAGAUUUUGAUAAAAAGGCAAAGAAGGAGGCAUCUCCUCUCUUGGAACAGUUUCUAUGUCACAUUGCCAAGACUGGAGAGACCAUGGUUCAGUGGUCUCAAUUCAAGAACUACUUCCUGUUUAAAUUGGAGAAGGUGAUGGAUGACUUCAGAGCCUCAGCACCUGAGCAAAGAGGCCCUGCAAACCCAAAUGUGGAGUCGAUUCCAUUUGAAGAUAUGAAGGAGAGAAUCUUGAAGAUUGUGAAAGGAUAUAAUGGAAUCCCGUUUACGAUCCAGCGGUUGUGUGAGCUGCUCACAGAACCCAAGAGGAACUAUACAGGAACAGAUAAGUUUCUUCGAGGUGUGGAGAAGAACGUAAUGGUAGUAAGCUGUGUUCAUCCAACCUCAGAGAAAAAUGGCUGCAGUGCCGUCAAUAGAAUGAAUGGAGUGAUGCUUCCAGGGAACACAUCUGCUUUUACAGAGAGGAAAGUAAACGGACCGGGAACCCCUCGACCGCUGAACCGACCGAAGCUGUCUCUGGCCAACUCGCUAGCGGCCAAUGGUCUGCCAGACAGCACAGACAACAAAGACCUGACAGAGCAAGAAGGAGACAAAGACUGCAGUGAGGUUUCAGGGUCAGGGGGGCCCCUGGGGAGCUCGGUGAAGAACAAACACCCCGAGGCAGACGAGGACAUGGAGGCCGAGCAGCAAGAGGUGAAGAGACUGAAAUUCAGCAAGGAGGAUGAGGACGAGGACGACGAAGAGGACGAAGAGGAAGAGCAGGAGGCGGACACGCUGAGGCCUUUGCACGCCUCAUGUCUGUCCAAAGAGGCCGAGGCCAUGGUUCAAGAGAGCGACGAGAAGGUCGACUACAGCAAAGAGAACGAGGCCUCCAGCAGCGCCACUGCUGUAGAAGACCAAGAACCAACAAGCAGCACUCAGGCCGAAACAUGCGCCGGCUCCACCCCUGAGGCGGAGCCGGCCGAGAGGGAGGUACCGUGCGGCUCCCAGGAUGAGGGCAGCGACAUGGACCAGACGGAGCAGCAGGCGCCGGCGGGCGUCCUGGAGAGCCCCGAGACCAGCAGGGACGGCGAGGACAGCAGCAGCAGCAGCAGCAGUGACCCGGUCAGCAGCAGCAGCAGUAGCAGCAGCAGCAGUAGCAUAGAGGAGAACGCAGAGGGCGCCAGAGAGGACGUGGCUCUCGCUCCUUCCAGCAGUACGACUGAACCGCCUACAGAGGGCGCCGCGGAAAGUGCCACCUCGAACACUGGGACCACUGAGGAGCCAAUGGAGCAGGACUAAGACUGAAGGCCCCGCCCUGCAGCCAUGUUGACCAUAAACCAGCUUGUCCUUGAACGCAGCGUGACUGUCACUGAGGACAACUGCACUUCAACACCACACGAACGCCUCCUCCCGCUUUUCGGACACUCCUCCAAAACGGCUACCUAGCAUUGAUGUGGGCAUACAAAUACAUUUUCAUUUGAAGGUUUUUUUUUUUUUUUUUUUUAAAUUUCUUUUUAACUGGAAUAUUUUACCGAUCUUACCUGUUUUUAAGUUUCUCUUCAGAGGUGUUGGUCGUUGGUUUCAGCAGCCUUCAGCUGAAUCGGCAGUGUUUCCUCUUGUGUUUUCGUUUUUUUCCUGUUAAAGUCGGGGUCGUUUUUGGACGCUGCGGUGGUCUGGUUUGGUUCGUGGAUGAGACGGGUUGAGGUUUCGUGCCCUUUAAGCCCAGUGGUUCCUCACACCACGACACCAGGGUCAGAACAGAACACAACUACCAGCCACUCGUUAUUUAUAGAAUCUUUUGAUAUGAGCCACCAACACAUUUCAGUCCCUGUGAAAAGGUGCUGUAGUGAUGCGCUGACCUGGAAGAACACCGCCGCCACCACCCGGUUCCACCACCCGGCUGCAGAAAACACACAUGGUUUUAAACCUUUUCCAUCCACCAGCGAUGGAAGACCACUUCCCCCUGUUUUCAUUGUGUCCUUCUAUUUUAAUUCUGUCUUUCCUUCAAUACACUACCGACCCCACUUAACAAUACUAUGAACAUGCUGUCUUGUAGAGGCGUCCGCUGUAAAAAAUUCUAUUUUGGAUGCAGAAAAAACCACAAUAAUUUAUACGAUCAUUUCAAUCCAAUAAGUUCUUUUUGGAGUAUGUUUUUGUUCUGUUUUUUUUUUUUUUUUUUUUUGGUUUUUUUUUUCCCGUCUGCCAGUUGUAGUUUCCAAAACCAGCUGUAAGUACAAAGACGACUUCUGCUUUCUUUGUAUCGUGAUGUCACCACGUUGUUUCACCGACAGAUCAUCGGGAGCAGUCUCUGGUUCCAGUUCUACACCUGUUUCUGCAGCUGUACUUUUUGAUAUUUAGAAUUUUAAAUUUCUGUAAAGUAGAUUUUUGUAGAUUGUAAUACAGUAUGUGUUCACUGCCUUUGUGAAACCAUAUAUAAUUGUAUAAUUUCUGUGUAUACUCUGAAUGCUUUUGCUUUCAAUGCGGUAUUCAGGAACAGCAAUAAAUGUUAACAUUUUUA